UUUAUUUUUUAUUUUUGUUAUUAAUUUAUUUAUUAUAGAUUUUUAUGAUUUUAUAUUAUUUAUUUAUAGUUUUUUAUGAUUUUUUUUUAUUUAUUAGUUUUUUUUUUAUAAUUAAUUUUUUAUUAUAUAGUUUUAUAGGAUUUUUUUUUUAUAUCUCAGUUUUAUUGUUUUUAACUUAUAAUUAAUUUUUUUAUUUU